AGUGGGCUGUUUUGUUUUUUUUUUCCCCCUUUCUCUGCUCCGUGCUGUGCUUUCACAGAGUUCGCCGUGCCUCCCCCGCCCCGCCGCGCCGCCGGGCACCGGCCGAUCAUGGAGAAGUACGUGGAGGACAUGGCACUGAAGGCUGCCAAGUUCAUGGAGGAUCUGUCCCUCUACGAACCGUGCCCGGAGGGUCCGUACGGCCGGGGCGGCCGCCGGGACAUGGUGCUGCACCCCGACCUGGAGGAGACCAAGCGGGUCAUUGCUGCCCACAUGACGGCAGAGCAGAGGGGCCGGAAGAUGAACGGCACGGCCGCGCCGCCACCCGCCGAAGCCUUCCCCGCCGCCGCCCCCUGCGGCAAAGUCUACCCGCCCGCGGCGCCGGGCGUCCCGCUCCGCGCCGCCAACGGCCGCGCCGCCGAACCACCGCCGGGCGCGGGGCCGCUGUGCUGCGAGGAGGGGCUGUGCACCCGCUCGGAGGUGGCGCUGCCCUGCUACAGCGGCUUCGCCGACAAGGGCAAGCGCUACUCGGCCGAGGGCUACCGCUACGCCGCGGGCAGCGCCUAUGAGGGCGGCUACGUGGCCAAGGGCGGAGGGCGGGUGCCCGGCGCCGGCCCGGACGGCAGGUACGGUGCGUCCAGCCCGCGGGCCAGCCUGGCCACUUCCUCGCCGGGCCCCGUCGCCGAGCACAGCAAGUUCUCCAGCCCGCGAUCCAGCCUGGGUGGCGCGGCCGCGCUACCCUACGAGAAGUUCUCCAGCCCGCGGUCCAGCCUGGUGGUACCCGGCCAAGAGAAGUACGGCAGCCCCCGCGCCAGCCUGGUGCAGUACGACGGGGCCGCCCUCAGCCCCCGCUCCAGUUACGCCAGCACGGCCAGCGACACCAGCAAGCACUCCAGUCCCCGCGCCAGUCUCACCAGUUACGACGGCGGCGGCGGCAGCAAGCCCAGCAGUAACCGCACCAGUGGCAUCAGCAUGGGCUACGACCAGCGCCACGCCAGCCCCCGUUCCAGCACCGCCAGCCAGUACUCCUGCACCACCAGCCCUCGCUCCAGCUACUCGGACUCUAGGUACGGCCCGCCGGGCAGCAGCGCCGAGCCGGAGGCUGCGGGCGGCGCUGGCUUCGUCUUGGCCAGUCCCCGCUCCAGCCUCUGCGGCCCCGAGGGCCGUGUCGCGGCUGGCGCCACCGUGGUGAGCCCCCGCUCCAGCAUCUCCAGCCAGAGCUCGCGGAGCUCCCGCGGCUCCAUGAGCGCCUACCCUGAGCUGCAGCUGCCCUCUCCCCGCUCCUCCCUGCUGGGACCCGGCCUGCAGGAGGACGGCGCCGCGCCGGAGCUGGGGGACGUCUACCACAAGAUCCAUGCCCAGUCCCCGCCGCGGCUUGACCAGCACCACGCGGCCGCUGUCCCCGAGGCCGUGCCCCCCUACGCCUACAGCCCGACCAAAGGCUCAGUUUCGGCACCCAAAUUCAAGCUCCCCUACCAAGUGACGCCGUGCCGGGAGAGCGGCCCCAGCCAGGCGGAGAGGCGGCUGGAGGCGCUGACGUUGGAGCUGGAGAAGGAGCUGGAGAUGCACAUGAAGAAGGAGUACUUCGGUAUUUGUAUAAAGUGUGGAAAAGGUGUGUAUGGAGCGAGCCAGGCUUGCCAAGCAAUGGGUAACCUAUAUCAUACCAACUGCUUCACAUGCUGCUCUUGUGGGAGAAGACUACGAGGAAAGGCGUUCUACAGUGUCAAUGGAAAGGUGUACUGUGAAGAAGACUUCCUAUAUUCAGGUUUUCAGCAAACAGCGGACAAGUGCUUUGUUUGUGGACAUCUCAUAAUGGAAAUGAUCUUACAGGCCCUUGGAAAGUCAUACCAUCCUGGCUGCUUCCGCUGUGUAGUGUGUAACGAGUGUUUGGAUGGAGUCCCUUUCACUGUAGAUGUGGAGAACAAUAUUUACUGCGUCAAAGAUUACCAUACGGUUUUUGCACCAAAAUGCGCUUCCUGUAACCAGCCGAUCCUCCCAGCACAGGGCUCUGAGGAGACCAUUCGUGUGGUGUCAAUGGACAAAGACUACCAUGUGGAGUGCUAUCACUGCGAGGAUUGCGGCUUGCAGCUCAAUGAUGAGGAAGGCCAUCGUUGUUACCCAUUAGAGGGCCACUUGCUCUGCCAUGGCUGUCAUAUCAGGCGCCUUAAUAUUAAACUGCCAUCACAUCCACCUCCGAGCUAUCCAAUGCAUGUCACAGAACUCUGAAAGACAUUUCCAUUACCAAUAAGCCGUUCGAAAGAGAAAACAAAUAUCUAAAAAUUACUUCCCUUUCGUUUCCUUUAAAGAUGAGAUUCCAGUAAUAACUAUCUAAACCAGCUAUUUAUUUUUUAAAUCGGAGGUGAGGGGUCUUUUUUCUGAUCUUGUACAUACGCAUUCUUUUAUCUAGAUGUUUUCACUGAGACACCACCUACUUGAACAAGUAAUACAGCACUAAACUGUAACUGUAAAUGACAGCAUUUCUAAAAGCAAUGGUACAAAGGGCUGUUCUGCACUCCCUAUUCACUUUAUUCCAGUGGGGAUUUCAUCCAACUAAGGAGUGUUGGAAUUACUUUCAAAAGUUAGCACCUUAUAUUGCAGCAAACUUGAUAAGAUAAAUGCUAGUAUUUUAGCUAGCUUUGUUGAAUUCUGGUCUUCGAGAAUACAGGCUCGCAUUUUUUAAAGCUUAGAUGCCCGAAGGUAGGUAACAGGGAAUAAACAAGUGUUUUUAGUAUGGACAGUUUUCAGCAGGGGUUAAAUAAUAGCAUUCUCUAAAGUAGAAUCAGGCCAGCUUUCCAUCCUACAAGGUUCCAAAGUCAUCCAAAGACGUGUUGAAGGCACAUAGCAAGUAUCUCUCAAAAACUACGUUACAGAGGAUUAUAUCCAAAAGAUUGGCAUAUGCAGGGUCAUAACAGUUGAAGAAAGUUACAGACCUCUGUAAUUGCUUGCUGUGUACAGCUGUAGCUAUGGUUUCAAAAUGCAUUCAUAUCAGCUUGAUGAUUUGGCACUUAAUAAGAAUUUAUCUUUCAAAGCUGUUUUUUCUUUAAUAGGGUUAGCUGCCUCUUUCUAUGCAAAGGUACACUUGUAUUUAUGCUACUUGUUUUAUACAAGACUCCAUUUGUUACCAACUGCUUUAUGAUUGUAUGUUGAUGUAUUAUUAAAAAAAGAGGGGACAGUGUUUUUGUAUUAUUUUUUCAGCUUUGUGUUUUUUUCUAGAUGUACUUUUGAACUGAUUAUGGUGAUUGUCUUAGUUGGAAAUCAAAGUCCAGUUUAGCAGAAAAAUAAUUUAGAGAGACCAUUGAAACAUUGGUAUUUUAUAACAAGUAUUAGAUGUACAUAGAAUGUACACACUUUCAUGUUUUGCAUAAGCUUUUACCGUAACCUCAUUGCUCUGGGGAAAUACAUGUCUUCCAUAUAGGAAGUUAGAUGAAUCCUUUUUAUGGUUUGUUUUGUACCAUGUGUUGAUGAUUUACAUGCAAAUCACACAUCUGUAUGUUUAAAAAAAUUCCCUGCAUUCUCAUGAGAAUUAAUCCAGCCUUCCUGAAUUCAGAUUUUAAAUAAAUCCAUCAUUGCUGUCUUCAACUGUACCAAAAAUUACAAUAAAAUAAAAUUAUCCUGCUCCAGAGGAAGUGGAAAUACCAGACCAGAUUCUGCCCAUCUGUAAAUUGGGACAUUUCCAUGCCAGUUCUCAAAACAUCAAGAUUUUGAUGGAUACAUUCAGAAAUGAUCCCAUCUUAAAGUCAGCAUGCAGACUGGUGAAAUUACUUAUUUGGCAACACCAUUGCUGUUUAGUUUCUUAUGCUCCAUUGACUUUCUGAAAGCCCCUCUCAAAAAAUACAAAGAACAUCCAAUGGACACUAAUUCCUAAGUGGAAUAAUUAACUCCCUUAGCAGAACUUUUUGAUAGUCUGGAAUUUCCUUAAGGGGGAAAGGGAGGGGCAGGAACAGUUCCUGUGAACUUUUUUUUGUUAGUAAGGAACAAAAGGUAUGUUUUCUGAACUUUUGCCAAACUUUCAUUGGCCUAGAUUAACCUGUCCUACUGAACACUCCUUGGCAAGUCAGAUGCUCUUUUAAAAAGUCAUUUUCUGACUAAUAUAUAUCAGUUUAUAAUUAGCAUAUUUAAUGUGACAAACGUGUUUUCAAGUAAUUACAGUGCAACUGGUGCCUCUUUUCUACAGUGUGGCCUAAGAGCCCUGCAGAAGAGAGGACGUAGGGUGCAUGCACACUUUUUCUGCAUUUGCAAAUGUUACCUCUGUGUUCAUAAUCACCAGCCCAGCCUCAGAAGGAAGUACAUGUGUGCCUCUUACCCAAACAGCAAAUGCUAGAAAAAGGAGAAAAAAUGCCUUAAAUUGGAGUGUAUUACUAGUUAAAUUCAAGAUUAUUACAAACAUGGAAGAUACCAGAGCUUCAGGAUACACUUUUUAGCAUCAGCUGCAAUGUAAUACUAUUUCCAUGUAAGGAAGCUGCUUUGGACCACAUUUAGCUUUGCAGCAUUUUCACUUGCUUGUCUUUACAAAUAUAUUAAGGGACCCAAAUUAAGUGGCAAGUUUAAGUUUCCACUGCAACAUAGUUUUCAAGGGACAGCACACUAGCUAAUAUGUACAUACCAUACCUUUUCUUAUUUUUUGAAAACAAUCAUACAGUAGAACAGAAUAAUAUUUUAUUUCAUUUCACAUGUUAAUUUGUCAGUCUUGUAGUUCUCAGUUGUGCUAAGUAUCAUCAAUACUUCAAUAUAGAAUAAGCAAUUUGUUUAAAACCAGAAAGCAGCAGUUGUUAUUCCAGUAUUUUCUAUAGACAAGUGCAUUCCAUUACUGUAUAACAAACUACAGCUUUGCUUUUCCAACUCCUAGUGUAAAAACAAGCUUGAGUGAAAAUUGCCAGUAGGGUUUUUUAGGUUUUUUUCAAUCAAAGAGAAAAAUAAAAGCAAAUGUAAAAUAAUGAUGUGCUGUGAUAGUGCUAGUUUCUGCACAUUUUACCUCUUGUCUGGGGAUUUAUGUAGAUAGAUGUAAAAGCUUGUCUUAAUGAUUUUCUUAAAGAGUAUUCUUAUGUUAAAUGAGUUCAACAUAGAUGUAAACUUUCUGUAGUUCAUUUUAUGAUGUGAUUGUUCUUCAGAAGCCUUUGCUGUACUUUCAGACUAUUUCCAUAAAGUUAAAACAAUAACAACUUGUUCUCAUUUGCAUCAGGACAACAACACCUUUCCAUUUUGGUAAUGAAUGUUACAAAGUCCCUACAGCACAAAGCUGUUGUAGGCAAUUCAAGAGUCCCUCAUGCACUGGAGGACGCAUUCCAAAGAAAGAACCAAAAUAAUAAUGUGAAACAAAACAAGAAUGCACUCAGAUAAUUGAGCUUUCAAAGAGGGUUUGUUUGGGUUUCUUUCCUUUUCCUUUAAUUUGUGUGCAUGUGUGUGUAUGUAUUUUGUAAGGUGGAGCUUCAAAAGAAAAACAUGGUUAGAGGAGCUCUUUAAGACCAGAAAUUCCAGAGUAGUAAAGUAAACCAAAGCUCUAAAGGGGACAAAAGCUGCUUUCUUGUGUUUCAAGAAAAGUUUAAAAGUUUGUGAUUCAUCCUGUAACUAAUGCCGUAACUAGAGUAUAUAAUUUGACUUAAAUUAAGUUUUCAUUUAAGAAAUAUUUUCAUUUUCUUUAAAAGAAUAUAGUUUUCUUCCAAGAACUUGGACCAACGUUGAUUUUUAUUUUGUAGGAAAUAUAUAAAUUCCCAGUUUGUAUAUCAUGUAACUAGUUUACAUGCUGAAAAUAUACAUUAGUUUAACUAUUUUUGUAUAUAUAUAUAUCCUUGUGAAACCUUUCAUUGUGCUUCUGUCUUAGUCUUUAGAAUUACUUGUGGUUUUGUGUUUCAGUGUUUGAUUCCCUUGAUUGUUGAAGAAAAAAAUUGGGAAAUGUAGAUUUAUUUAUCUAAAGGAGAAGCUACUUCCUAUCAUUCUAAGUUAUUUAAUAUUAAAGUCAGAAGUUUCAUUUAACCUUAGAUGCUAUAAUCUGCUUUUUUUCAAUAAAGACACUUUGUAGUGAUCUUUGAUUUUGUA